AUGAUUGUUGGAGUAGAUUUUACAAAUCGUUUCGAUAAGAUUGUAGUGUCUUAUAUGAAUGAAAUCAAAAUAUGUACGUUCCCAAAUCUCCAACUACUAAAGCAAAAUACUUUUCCUGAUUCUGGAAUUGGUUUCACAUCUAUUAAUUCAGAUGCUUCGAUAUAUGCUUUCACAGGACGUCCAUAUUCCACAUCUACAUUCCGACAAUCAUCAAUUGCUGUAUAUGAUACCACAAAUUUUACGAAAUUUUUUGAAAAUUCUUUUCCAGAUGAUAUUUUAUGCAUAAAACUAUCGAAAGACUUCAUCCUUAUAGGAUUUAUCGAUCGAGUCGAAAUAUGGGACUUUGUUUUACAUAAAAAAUUAAAUAAAGUAAAUAUUACUGCAACAGUGCAAUAUCCUAUGGGAAUUUCUCCCGAUUCCAACUUAAUAGUACUUCCAGGCCCCUCGCCAUCAUCUGUGUAUGUUUGUUCUGAUCCAAAGCGUGAUAUUACUAAGUUACAGAUUAAUGGUGAAGGUUCCUUUUUAAGCACAUCAGUUCAACACACUGAUGUAUUUGCUUUUGAGAAAAACAUUAUAAUUUUCGAUCCAAACAUCAUGAAAAUUUCUCAAAAAAUCCAAGGUGAGUAUAGGGCUAUUUCAGUUUCAAUUUCUUUCGAAAAUAACUUAGCUAUUUUGGCUAAUAAAUCUCUAAAAGUCAUCGGACCAAACUCAGAAACCAUAUUUCAAACGGAAGUUGCCAAAAAUACAUACUCUAAAUGUGCUUGGAUGAAGAAUGAUAUUCUGUUAUACUCAUCAACUGGAGCAAUUAAGAUAAUUACGUUGGAUAAUUCAUCAUAUGAUGUCAAAUUAGAAAAUAUUGCAUGA